CACUCCGGAGCGCAGAGGAUCAGAGCGCAGCUCUUCUUUCCACAUCUGCAGCAGCCCUGACUCUGGAUCCUGCACGUCUUCACUCCUGUUUUGUGGACCUCUUUUAUAAAGACAGCGCUAUGGAUUUUCAACCCUGACGCUCUGCACGUUCUUCUGGCAUCCCGAGAAGAAUUUUAAAACUGAAAGUCAUGAUGUGAACGUUCAGAAACCUUUUUCCCAAUGAUUGAGACCAGCACGCUGAGUAUGUUGGACAGAACUGAACCGGCGCAGUGCACAGUGUGCUGCUGCACUCUGGUCAAUAAAAUCCUGAUGGUGCUCUUCAUGGUGUUGCUGACGUUCGCCACCUUAAUUGGGAAUCUGGUGACUCUGGCUGUGAUGGUGGGCAACAAACACUUCCACACACCGCAGGGCUACCUGAAGGCAUCCCUGGCUGUUGCCGAUCUGGCUGUGGGGAUAUUUGUGGUGCCGCUGUCCAUCUACGUCGAGGUCUACCUCAUGGUGGCGGAAUCAGCACCCGAGUGGACUUCGUACAACUCACAGUCGGUGAGGUUUCACCCGUGCAACAUCAUCGGUCCGAUUUUCGCCGGGUGCACCUUGGUCUCCAUCACCACCAUCUUCCUGUUGACGAUUGAGCGGAGCAUUGCGGUGCUCAGGCCGCUGCACAAGGACUCGGUUAUUACUCGUAAAAGGACGACAAUCCUCAUUUUCCUCUCCUGGGUGGGCAGCUUCCUCUUGGCCGUGUGUCCGCUGGUUUUCAGCAGUGAGAUCGCUCUCGAGUAUAACUCCUGCAGCAGGAUGUGUAACUAUGCCUUGGGGACCAUUGGAGAGUUCCCCAGCCAGGCCUGGAACAUUCUCCUCCUUUUCCCUGCAUUUGACUUUACGCUGCUCGGGGGCACUGUUGUCAUUAACAUCAUUUCUCUGUCCAGCAUCAGGCAGCACUCAAAACACAGAAAAACACUGGCAGAAACUGAAAUCCAUACCACAAGUAAUCCAACUUUCUCGGACAUUAAAGCAGCCAAGACCAUUGGGACCCUAACCGUGGCCUUCACGGCGUCGUUCACCCCCAUCGCCGUCUUUGUGGUUGGGAAUGUUUUGGGGAACGAAUGGUGCAACUUCUCCUUCUUUGCCUUCUGGAUUUUGGCUACGAACAGUUGCUGGAAUGUCAUUAUUUACAGCGUGAGGGAUCAGAAGUUCAGACUGCGUGCACAUAAACUUCUCAUGCCUCACAGACAAAACACCACCAAAACCUAAACACACAAAGAGCUGAAGACUCACUGAUCAGGGCGAUGUCAUUUAGAUGUUUGUAUGUCAUCUGGACUUUUUGUCCAUCUCAGUGUUAGUCUCCUUCAGAGACAUACUGUCUGCAUGUCUCGUGGAUCGCUAUGAUGAAAUUGCUUGAAGCCGUUUUGCAAAAAUAAAAAGCAUGAAGGGUUUUUAUUUA